AUGGAAGCGAGAACAUCUCCUGCGCUAGCUGGUGGCCGCUCUACCUCCAGCAGCUCUCUGUCGCCACAAUGGCCCGGCAAGAAGCCUGAUUCCACUCGUCCAUACACUGACUCAGCCACCCUCAGAAGGAAACCUGCAAGCAAUGCGAAGAACCCCAACCAGAAGAAGAAGGCUGCACAGAAAUUCGACGUCAAGGAGGCUAGCACCGAGACUGACGGUUCACAUGAGGAGGCCGCAGACAAGGACGAGGGUGAACAAAGGUCUACCAUGGAGCCAGAUGCCUAUCUGGACGAUGACAUGAUGCUCGGAUCUCGGCCUCGGCGAUCUUAUCGAAGGUCAAAGCAGUUGGACGAUGAGGAGAAGGAUUAUGUGUAUGAACCAGAAGAGAAACCCGAGCCUGUCACCUGGAACAAACAACAACAAUCGCAACCCAUAGCAUCUGAUGUAGUGGAAGCCUCCGACUGGUCUCCUCCCCCAACAGACCUUGCGACUCACGUUCCUUUCGCAUCCGGCGAAGAUCCCAAACCUCGUUCUGCGCACGGGCAAUAUAAUCCUCAAAAACGUUUACCUCGACGUCCACGGAUGGCAGAAAGGCGCCGAGCUGUCUCGGAGGAGCGAGGUCGACAGUCAAAGCCUCCAGACCCCAUACAGCGUUUCCCUGUUGUAGACCUCACAACUGUCAACGGUCGAAAGUUGAAGGAGCUGCAAACGCUUGUUGAUCGUGAAGAGGAUCCUGAGCAACAAGACUACGACCAAGCAUGGAUCUUAUUCAUCUCUCUCGAAAAUCAGGAAGAGGUUGCUCGUCUUUUGUUUUCAUACCUCUGUCGAUCUAGAGAUUCCAAACAGCUUACAAGAGCUCGAGAAGCUUUCCGAUUAAUCCCCAAUGAGUCUAGAGAUGAGCAAAUCUACGCAUCGGUGAUCAAGAUCGAGCUCGAGCGCUUCCAGCACGAAAAUGCAAUAUCUCUAGCCAUUGACGGUACUAUACAAGGCCACGACCUUGUGCCUGACUUGCUAGCUCAAUUUGUCGACCAUGAAUCAUGGAAUGCUGCUGCUGAGCUUAUGCGCCGUAAUCUCUUUGCUCGGAGGGAUAUGCCGAACCUGAAUUACUGGUCGUUGUCUGGCCAGAAGCAUAGCGCUGCGCUGUUACCACUUUCCAGACUCGUGGAGAAGUGUCGUGGCAUCAGAGACCUUGAUGCAAAAGUCCUCUCCUUGACACGUCGUCUGCAAAACGAAGAUGCCACGUUGUACGAGCAUCGCAGAGAGCUGCAAGUUUUGCGCCAACAACUAGUUAUGGCCUGUGCCUCGAGUUCAAGUGUGAUGGCUACCAUCUCUCCGUCCAGGUUGCUAGCUCUUUUUGACCUUCAGAAAGAUUUCGGCAACUGGAAGCUGCACACGACCGCUCUCAAUACCCUCCACAAACUACCUGAUGUACAGCCGCCGGUUGAGUUAGCCUUGAUGACUUAUCGCAAUCUUCGAUCUACACUGCCCCACGAGCCUGUGAGACCUUCAAUGCUUGGCAUUCUCAUAUCUAUGUGUGGUCGUGCCAAUUACUCUCUGCAUAUCUAUGACUAUAUUUUUUCGGAAUUCACGCAGCAUUUUGGCAGACCCGCUUCGACAGCUAUUCUGCGGGCUAUGACAGCGUGUGCGCGCCAAGGCGACCUUACUGCUAUCUCCCGUUACCUCGCUUUGUGGCAAGAGGGACACAAAGACCAAAUUCCACCAAUCGAUUUCCUCAGCCCUUUCAUAUAUGCUUGCGCUAUGAACGCUGACCCUGUUCAAGCUCGACAGCAUUUUGACAGGAUUAAGCAAGACUUCGGCUUAAUUCCAAAUACUAUUUGUUGGAACAUGUUGCUGCUUGCCCACGCCCGAUCGACAGAUGACAUCUCGGCCUUUGCUGUUUUCCAAGAAAUGCGGACUGCGAAAGUCCCUGCAGAUUCCUACACCUACGGCACUCUCCUCUCGAUUUGCAAUACCCACACAGACACAGAAACUUCCCUCAGCCUUCUUAGUGAUGCCAGGCAGCAAGGUGUGCAUGUAACUGUGCCAAUGGUUGAUACAGUGGUGAAUACAUUACUGGCUAACGAUGAGGUUGAAGCUGCUUACCGCUUCGCGCUGGUAACAACUGAGUCGAAUAAGCCCAAGUCGCUUACACGCCUUUGGAACUCCUUCGUAAAGUAUUUUUCUGCAAAAGGUGAUGUCAACCAGUUGUCGCGAGUUCGAACCAUCAUGACAAAGUUCGGGAUCAAAGCAAACGAAGCGACGUAUGCUACUCUCAUUUUGACGCUGACGUUAAAGGAACGGACCCAGGAAGCUGUGGAACUACUCCGUGAGAUGCGACGUGAUAAGAAAUUAGCAGUCACACCGUUUCACUAUUCUAUCGUCCUGCACGGCUUUGUCCGGGAGCACAACCGCGAUAUGGCACAGGUCGUUUUCAGUGAAAUGAAACAACAAUUUCAGACUGUGCCUGCCGAGGCAGUUAAAGCUAUGCUUCGGCUCCAGACUCAGCGCUCUCUCUCCAAUGCUCGUGACAGAGAGCUAGAUGUGACCUACUUGAUGGGUGCUUUGACAAAUCUCGAGUCUGAUGAUGGCUCGACUUCAAACCUUGAUGACACGUCUAACCGUCCUCGGGAUGUCUCUACUACAAUCAUGAUGUACUUCACGACUGUAAUUCGCACUUUGUUGGGCGGUGAAAAGUAUACAGCCGCAGAAUUACUUGUAGAAGACUUGAAAAAGAGGAUGUCAUCCUUACCACAUGGGCCACAGUUACUCGAAAGUUCUAUGGCAGUCUCACUUAUCGAGAUGGAUUUGGCCAUCGCUUCAUCAAAGUACCACAAAGUCGGGGAGAUAUGGAAAGCCGUGUUUAAGCGCGCUCGUCAAUCACGUCUACCCCUUGCACUGAGUCAGGACUCAUCACAUCCUGGCGAUUUACGAAAGGAAAAGACUGGCACUAUAUCAAAAGCCGAGUCGGUGAGCCUUAGCAAACCUCUAAACCGCUACAUUGACGCCAUGUCAUAUGCAGGCCGAGUGUCUAGCUUGGCAACAUUCAUCAAUAACCACUUCCUGCCGGCUGGCUACCAGCUAACCAGUUACAAUUGGAAUCGCUACGUUCAAGCUCUUUGUCGCUCGACGGAGACCAAACAUCACCUUCGAGCUUUUGUGUUGGCAGAACAUUCGAUGAAUCGCGUGCAGUCCUGGACACUCCUGAUUCGUGGGCUUCUAAGGAGGAAGAAUACAUCCUGGGUCUUUGACAAAUUGGCCGAGGAUCUACCAAGGCCCAUACUUCGUAAGAAGAAUGAAUAUUUUACAUCUAGUCGACGCGAGAUGAUGGAUGUUGACCCUCUUCGAAUUAUCCCAACUUAUACCACCAUGGUUCAUCUCGGUGCCGUGCUGUCUAAGGCUCAGGAGAAGGCUCAGAACCACGAUCCUUCGGAGCUCUCCGCGAUCCGUGACUCGGCGGCAGAAGUCAAGAAGUUUUUGGAAAGAAUGCCUUACCUCAAGGACUCUAUCCAAGGCAGUAUUCUUCGGGGACUAGAAGAUUCUGGAGAUCUACGACCUCGUCCUCGGUCCGAAGAAUCUAUUCGAGCAAAAGUCGAUCGAAGUGGUAUUUUAGGCGGUGACUCUGUUCUCGAUGACUUGUCCGCUGACUUCUCUCGUGAUAUCGAAGACUUGUUCCAACGUUUCGACGAUAUAAGGAAGCUACCAUCUCAAGGAGCUGAUACUGGGGCAGAUGAUUACGCACGAGAAGUGGCACUUGCAGAGGAGAUGACUGGCCAAAUUACGCGAGCACCGAUAGUCUUAGCCGGACGAGGUAGGUUUGAAACGGAGAUGGAGACACUGCGAAGAGUGCGCAAAGAGGAAGCCGAGAAGCUUAGCACGUUGCGAAGUACGUUGCAGGCUUUGCAGGACAAGACAACACCUUCAGAGAUCGACCUUGUAUCGCCAGUCGGACCGCCAUCCGAAGUCACAGAGCAUCACCGUCGACCUGAAGAUCAACCUUCUCGAAGUCUGUCAUUUUCGCUACACCCGGAAGAGCCUCGAACGAAGCCACUACUUCCAUCAGAUUCUGAACGAGCUAGUUCGCGGCGUUCGGCGACAUCAGGGCUCUCUAGUCCAAGUGUCAACAAGAAAGUCUCUGUCCUAGAGCAGCUCAAAAGCCUCGACCGAGUGGCCCAGGAAAAAGCUACGAAGCUGGCAUCCAGAGUCAGGUCUACCAGAGCCAGACUGGCCAUCCCUUAUGCAGCAAUCCGCAGGAUCCGAGGUCGACGAGCCGCAGUUCAGCGAGCCACAGCCGACCAGAGGCUCGCAACAUCCAUCGCCAACGGCAAUAUAUCCCCACGCGCCCUUAAUAUUCGUUCUGGUGCAAUGAAACGAGCUAUCGCGAGCGCGCUUGCACGACGACGCCGUGCAUCCUACCUGGAAUAUGAAGCUGAUCUCAAGAAGGGCAUUCGACUACCGCCUUUUCCACGCAAUGAGGAAGCCUACCGUCGACAUAGACGAAAAUAUGGCCAGGUCCGCGUGCGUUUCAUCGCCGACCUAAACAGAAAACGAGCUCUGAAUCUAGUCCGACGUGGCAUAAUCGCAGAAAAGAGAAAACCCGCAAUCACAGGCAAGGUCGAUCAAAGCCAAUUCACUGCGGAGCCACAAAAUCGCCAUCUCGUACUGCAAAGACCUCGAACCCUGCCUCUUGUAAGGCUCACGAGCGAUGACUCCGGUCCUCCAGAGAAAACAUACAAGCAGCUGGUUAGGACACGAUUCCGUGGCACGUCGUACAGAAGAGUGCUGAAGAAGAGAUUGGCUCUUAGACGUGCUCACUUGCAGAAUCGGGUUGUCAAUGCAUUGGGUCAAGAGGUGUAUGAGAAGAAGAUUGAGGAGCUACGUGGUGGACCGAGGUUCGAGCCUUUUAGGUAG